UAGUUAUGUCAUUAACAUUUAUAAAGUCCUCGGCAUGGAAAUCAAGAACUGCAAUUAGUGGGUCAUUCUAUAUUCUUCGUCACAAACCCGAUUUUUGUGAGCUUUUUGUUAUAUAUGGAGGGAGAUUGCUUUCGUUGAGAGAAGAAAAUAACGAGGGAUUUAUAGAGGACGAUAGGGGAAACACAAUUGCCAAGUUUACAGAGAGGAAUGGUUUUAGAAGUUUGCUAGGAAGAAUUUUCCCGGAUAGCCCUACAAAUGGACAUUCCACGGAUUCACCUUCUUCUUCAAGAAGCAAUAGUUCACCCGAUGAGUGGGAGAAAUACAGUGAAGAGAUUGAACAAUAUGUUAAUCAACUGUUGUCUUUAAAUGAAGAGGAAGAAGAGGCAAAUUAUAAAGCCUUGGAGGAAAAUCCUGCAGAUUCAGAUAUGCAAGAAAAUAUGAGUGGAGCAGAAAGAAUUGAAGCUCUUAAACUCAAAAUACAAAGAGCUGAAGAAGCAAUCCAAUUGAACAAAAAAGAAGCAAAUUUCAAUAAGGAAAGGGGUGCGAAAGCAGAAUGGGCUAUUAGUUUGUGUAAUACCCGGAUUAUGCAACUUGAAGUUUGCUUAAGUGAAGAGGUUCAGAAAAAUGCUGAUCUAAAGAAAGAGCUAGACUCCAGAAAAGACGAACUCUUUGAACUUCAGGGUGAAGUCGAGGAAAAAAGAAGUAAGCUGAACUCAAUUCUAGAACUCCAACGAGAACUCUCGAACAAACUUCAGUUAUCCUCUUCUGCUAAAUCACGAGCCGAGGUUCAACUAGAGAAGGCAGUGCAAACAAGAACUGAUAUGGUUCGAGAAAUUGAGGAAUUGAGAGGGCAAAGAGAUGUCAUCCAACUUAGAAUCGAGUUCUGUAGAGAAAAAGAUGCAAUAGGUAGUGCUGACAGAAUGAACGCCUCAAGUUUUGAUUACAGAGAAUUCACUGCUGCCGAAAUUAGUGCUGCAACUGAAGAUUUCUCGGAGGGUUUAAGAUUGAAGUCACGAGGUCAAUUCACAAAUGUUUACAAAGGUCAUAUAAAUCAUAUGACAGUUGCAAUUAAAAUGUACAAUUCAGCAAAUGCUCCAUCCCGGGAGUCCUUCAUAGCUAAGGUACAAAUACUUAGCCAAAUCAGGCAUCCAAAUAUAGUUGCCAUGAUUGGAUUCUGCUCCGAGCUCAACUGCAUUAUUUUCGAGUACAUGCACAAUGGCUGCCUGCAUGAUGCAUUAUUCCUAACUGAAAGAAGCUCUAGAGUAAGGAACAAGGCUCUGAGUUGGCAAGAUAAAAAUUAA